GAAAAUGGGAACGAUAAAGAAGAUGAUAUGUUUGCAUCUGACAAGGAGGAAUCUGAGCCCCAGAGGACAGAACCAAAAGGGAGAGCUGUAAUUGACAUUGCUCAAUUCGAAAAAGACCAGGGUUUGGAGGACUACGAAUUCAAUGCGGGCAUGGACAAGGAUGAAAUCAAACCACACUUGCUUCAUCUGGAAGUACAGCUUGAGGCGUUCAAUUUGCGCGAGGAGGCUGAAUCUGGGAAUUUCGAUAAGGACAUGAACUACAUCCAGCAUGACAAAUCAGAUAGCGAAGACGACGAACCUUGGAUGGCAGGCGUCAGUGUAGCCGACAUUGAGAAAGCUAGGAAAGCACAGCAGAAAAGUUCUAGAGCAGGUAGUCAAAAAUACUCCGUCUCCAGUAAAAGCGUUCCGGAAAUAUUGCCGGAUCUUAUCCUGGUGUUGGAGCCCGCAGAAACACCAAUGGAGGCGCUUUCCAGGCUACGACCAGAGAAGAAAAAACUCAAGCAAAAGACAGCAGACCUAAACGAGACAGAGCGCAAAAAUGCAGUGUUUAAACUUACAGACUGCUGCGAGCAGCUCGUGAACGACAAAGGCAUGACGGGUGCUUACGACAUGAGUAGAGAAGAGCUUAUGAGAGCAUAUUUUCAGGAAACAGGCGUGAACUUCCAGCCCAGAGGAGUCAAGAGGGACGUCGAGCAAAUGGAGAAGGAUGAUGGCCAGCAUGGCACAAUUGAAAACCAACAUGCCACCGGCGAAAAUCAAUAUGGCAAAGCUAUCUGGGAGUUUCGAUGGGUGGAUGACACCGAGGUACAUGGCCCAUAUUCCAGCUAUGAAAUGGAUCAUUGGAAAAAGACGUAUUUCGAGAAUAGAGUCGAAGUGCGCCGAAUCGGCGAUCCCGUCUUUUGUCCCGUUGCAGAAGUGCUCUUUUCC